CUGGAGCUCCGCCGGUGCAUGGCAGCAUGGCAGGCCUCAGGCUCCCUGGAAUGGGCCCUCGUGUCCAGACAAACGGGUUCGCAGCCAGACUCGACAAGGCCGAACUCAGGGCAAACGCCAUCAUCGGAAAAAUCACGACUUCGGAGCUUGGCCGUGCAAGCAAAGCCGCCGCGCCAACUUUCUGUCCGGGCGCUCCAGAAACUUGCCGGCCCGCGCCGCGCGACACCUCCCCCCAGCUCCUCCCCCCGAGGCCACCUCGGGGGCUCUACUCCUGGGUAUUCUGUCUCAGGGGCUCCGACGAGCAGGGCAAACCAAAAGGGGGGGAGGACGAGUGAGGGGAGCAGGAAGAAACGGGGGAUGCGGGGAAUGAGGAGAGGGGAGAGGAGGAGCAGAAGGGCGUGCGGCUCACGUGGUGACGGUCCUCUCCGCGUGAGGGGCGGAAGGAGGAGCCACUCACCCCGCUCGGUGGACCCUCCCGCGGGCUGCGCAGAACAGAACCCGAUGUGGUCAAGGCAACGGCGAGGGCUCCUCUGGCUUCAGGUUGAACCUGUUGGCCCGCUCCUUGUCGAGAGGCUGCCGACCGCCCAGGGUUCCCUGGCAGACCAUCCACUCCUGCUCGCCUUGUUCCAGUGCGUAUCGUUCAUGCCGAUGGCGCAUCCGUGGUCGAACGCCAACUCCUCCAGUGGCUUCUUCACGGAAUCAGGCAAGCCCUCAACCUGCGC